CACAUGUACUAAACCCAACCUCUUUGUACAUCAUUGAUGUGAACAUUAACACAACGUGGUGAUCGUGAAGGUGUCCGGUCGAUCAAGAUCAGUGAAGACUUCUAUUAGCCGGCCAUGUCUCUAACAAAAUUGCUACCCAAGCCUACACAGCUGGAGGCGGACACAGCUCACAGCAUCGACCACAUCUACCAGCAGAAUGUGAGUGCGCCGGUGGCACGGAAGGAGCCCCCUCCGUACGGACAGAGAAAGGGGUGGAUACCUCGCUCGUUGGAUGACUAUGGCGACGGAGGUGCCUUCCCUGAGAUCAUGGUGGCGCAGUACCCUCUGAACAUGGGAGCCAAGAGCAACAUAAAGGGAGAGUCCUCUAAGGCGAUUGUUCCCCUCCAACUGGACGCCUCUGGGAAGGUACGCUACGACGCCCUGGCACGACUAGGACAGCGUAAGGACAAAGUGAUACACAGCUCUCUCUCUGCUAUGGUGCAACGUGACGUCCGACCCAGUGACCCGGAACUCAUCAAGCCUGACGAUGAGGAGAUAGAAAAGACAACCGAGGAGACAAGACUAGCUCUUGAGAAGUUAGUCCAAAAGAAAGUGACCGCAGCACUCCCAGUGAGAGCGGCAGACAAACUAGCCCCUGCCCAGUACAUCCGCUAUACUCCAGCACAGCAAGGAGUCUCCUACAACUCAGGGGCUCAGCAGAGGAUUAUUCGAAUGGUGGAAGCUCAGAAAGACCCAAUGGAUCCACCAAAGUUCAAGACCAACACCAAGAUCCCCCGUGGUCCCCCCUCACCCCCCGCACCUGUACUGCACUCUCCUACUAGGAAGGUGUCGGUGAAAGAGCAACAAGAGUGGAAAAUCCCUCCCUGCAUCUCCAACUGGAAGAACCCAAAGGGUUACACGAUACCACUGGACAAACGUCUAGCUGCUGAUGGGCGUGGCCUACAGGAUCACACAAUCAACGACAAUUUUGCCAAACUUGCUCAAUCUCUUUACACUGCUGACAGAGAGGCACGUAAGGCCAUUGCACUUCGUUCAACCAUGGAAAGAAAAUUGGCCAACAUUGAGCGUGAGAAGAAGGAGGAUACCUUGCGACAGCUGGCACAGAAGGCCAGAGAUGCUAGAGUUGGCAUCAGGGCUCCAGCCAAUGAAGACGAGUCUACUGACAUCCAAGAGAGGGACCAGCUUCGAUACGACAGGCACAAGGAGAGAGAGAGGCAGCGACGACUUGCCAAAGCCCACCCGGACAAGAGGUCGAAAAUGGACCGAGACAAAGACAGGGACGUGACUGAGAAGAUAGCUCUUGGCCUUCCCUCAGCAGCUGGCUCAAAAGAGGCCCAGUUUGAUCAGCGGCUCUUUAACCAGUCAAAGGGGCUGGCCUCAGGGUUUUCUGGAGGGAACGAUGAUAUGUACAAUGUGUACGAUAAGCCCUGGAGAGCUGGGGCUAACCUGGCUGAAAAGAUUUACCGUCCUGGCAAGGCUGUCGACAAGGAUGUGUACGGGGACGAUGUGGAGAAACUCAUCAAAACCAGCAGAUUCCAACCUGACCGUGGAUUCUCCGGUGCGGAUGCUGAUCAGUCGCGAGAGGGGCCGGUCCAGUUUGAGAAAGCGGUGGAGGAGGAUCCAUUUGGACUGAACAAGUUCUUGACAGAAGCUAAGAAGGCGAAACGACCGUCAGAAGACUCUAGGGCUCCUGGAUUGAGCAAGGCAAAAAGACCAAAGUAUUAGAUAUGGAACAGAGACGAUUUGACUCAAUAUGGAUUCAUUUACACGUAUGCAUGUACCCCUGUGUGUCACAUGACAUUGAAUUUUCUUGCACUGG